AUGUCCCGCCGCGUGAGCGCCUCCCACGACCGGUGCUUGGAUCUGGAGCGCGCCGCGAUAGGCCGCGCAAGGUCGGGGAACCUCGGCCUCGAUGACGCGCUCAAGCUGUUCGACGAACUGCUUCUCCAUGCCAGGCCUGCCUCGGUUCGUGCCUUGAACCAGUUGCUUAGCGUUGUGUCUCGCGCAAAAUGCUCGUCGCCAUCCAAGCUCGUUGUCUCCCGCUUCAACCGCGCAAAAUGCUUGUCGCCAUCCAAGCUCGUUGUCUCCCGCUUCAACCGAAUACUCUGUGACUGCUCCAACAAGGUGGCUCCCAACCUUUGCACCUACAGCAUCCUCAUUGGCUGCUUCUGCCGCAUGGGCCGCCUGGAGCAUGGCUUCGCCACCUUUGGCCUCGUCCUUAAGACGGGCUGGAGGGUGAAUGACAUAGUCAUCAAUCAAUUGCUCAAGGGCCUAUGUGACGCCAAGAGGGUGGACGAGGCCAUGGACGUAUUGCUCCAUCGAAUGCCCAAAGUUGGAUGCAAGCCCGACGUAGUUUCGUAUAGCAUACUUCUCAAAGGUUUAUGCGAUGGACGGAGAGCUGAGGAGGCACUUGAGCUGCUCCACAUGAUGGCUGAUGGUCAAGGUAGUAGCUGCCCACCAGAUGUGAUGUCAUACAACACCGUCAUCAAGGGUUUAUUUAGUAAGGGUCAGGUGGAUAAAGCUUACAGCAUGUUCUUGGAAAUGGGUGUUUCACCGGAUGUUGUGACAUACAAUACAAUCAUUGAUGGCCUGUACAAAGCUCAAGCGGUUGACAGGGCCGAGGGUGUUUUUCAGCAGAUGAUUGAUAAAGGUGUUAACCCAGACAAUGGAACAUAUAAUUGUCUCAUCCAUGGAUACCUGUCAAUAGGACAGUGGGAAGAGGUGGUUCAAAGGCUCAAAGAAAUGUCCGCAUGUGGUCUUCAGCCAGAUGUUUUUACUUAUGGUUUGCUUCUGGACUAUCUAUGCAAGAAUGGACAUUGCAGUGAAGCUAGAAUUUUUUUUGAUUCUAUGGUUAGGAAGGGCAUAAAACCUAAUGUAACUAUCUAUGCCAUUAUGCUUCAUGGAUAUGGUACCAAAGGAGCUCUUUUUGAAAUGCAUGAUAUCUUAAAUUUGAUGGUAGCAAAUGGUAUUUCACCUGAUCAUCGUAUCUUCAACACUGUGAUAUGUGCAUAUGCUAAAAAGGCAAUGAUAAAUGAAGUGAUGCUUGUAUUUAUCAAAAUGAAGCUGCAAGGUUUGAGUCCAAAUGUUGUCAGCUAUGCAACAUUAAUAGAUGCACUUUGCAAGUUGAGAAGAGUGGAUGAUGCUGUGCUCCAAUUCAAUCAGAUGAUCAAUGAAGGAGUGACUCCUGACAUUGUAGUUUUUACCUCCCUUGUUUAUGGACUUUGCACUGUUGACAAAUGGGAGAAGGUUGAGGAAUUAUUUUUUGAAAUGUUGGAUCAAGGUAUUCGCCCUAACAUCGUGUUCUUCAACACAAUAUUGUGUAACUUAUGCAAAGAAGGACGGAUUAUGGAAGCCCGAAGGCUCGUUGACUCGAUGGUAUGCGUGGGUGUGAAGCCUGAUGUUAUCUCAUACACUAUAUUAAUAGAUGGCCACUGCUUAGCUGGUAGAAUUGAUGAAGCGGCAAAGUUACUUGACGGUAUGGCCUCAAUUGGUUUGAAACCUGACAUUUUUUCUUAUGAUACAUUGCUUAAUGGCUUCUGUAAAGCUGGCACGAUAGAGAAUGCAUAUUCUCUUUUCCGAGAAAUGUUAAGGAAGGGAUUUACGCCUGGAGUUGUGACUUACAAUACUAUACUGCAUGGUUUGUUUCGGACUCGUAGAUUUUCUGAAGCAAAGGAACUCUUCCUCAAUAUGAUUAAAAGUGGAAAACAGUGGUCCAUUUACACAUACAACAUAAUUCUGAAUGGGCUGUGCAAAAACAAUUGUGUUGAUGAAGCAUUCAAAAUGUUUCAGAGCCUGUGUUCUAAGGAUAUUCAACUUAACAUUGUUACAUUCACCAUUAUGAUUGGUGCUUUGCUCAAAGGUGGCAGAAGGGAAGAUGCCACGGAUUUGUUUGCUACUAUCUCUACUUAUGGUUUGGUUCCGAAUGUUGUGACCUACCGCUUAAUAGCAGAAAGUCUCAUAGAAGAAGGGUCGCUUGAGGAGUUCGAUGGUCUGUUUUCAGCAAUGGAAAAGAAUGGUAUUGCUCCAAAGUCACGUAUGUUAAAUGCUAUAGUUAGGAGGUUGUUGCAUAGAGGUGACAUAAGUAGCGCUGGGGCUUACCUCUCCAAGCUUGAUGAGAAGAACUUCUCACUUGAGGCUUCCACUACUUCCAUGUUAUAUCACUUUUCUCGAGGAAGGAUUAUCACCAUCAUGCAAAGUCCCUGCCUGAAAAGUAUCGUUUUGUCAAUGAAGCCAAUAAAGGAGUUCUUCAAUUACAGAAGCCUGACACAAGCAAAUCUCUGGGAUGAUUAUUCUGCAUAUGAACACUGGGCCCAAAUUGAGGUUCCAAAAGACAAGGACGAACUUGCCGAAGUCCAGGCCCGGCUGAGGAAGCGUUUCCCUGUGGAUGCAUAUAACAUGGCACGUAUGGAGCUGGACCCUUACAAGGUUCUCUCAAAUGCGAAGCUUGAGAAGCUGUUCCCAGUGUUGGAGCCGGUUCACGAAACAAAGUAG